GGAACGGAGCGUCUGGCGAGCCGCCGGUGGAACUUGGCCGAGAUAAGCCGAGCAGCGAGCGGCCAACGCGGCCGAGUGCAGUCGAGUGCGAGUCCUCUCCCGAGCCGCACGCAGGGAUGACGUUCCGAGGAAAUCACGCGCGUGCCCCUCGCGACCCCCCCGCCCCCCGCGGGCUGCGAUCUUCGGCGUAACUCGAUUAUAGUCCAUUACCCCGAAAUUCCAGGUCCCCAGCCGAAGGAUAUAUCCUCAGGAAAAUAGAAGUCCGCUCGUCGUUCUUCCCGCUGAUCUUGCGAGCUCCGAGGGUCGGUCGCUUAAUACCCGGUAGUGGAAUUCGUUAAUCGGCGCAACUUAGUGGAACCAUGAACAAGACGGAGCUGAACAUAUUCUUGAGCAACGAGCCGCCGAGGGCUUUGGCCAGUCCGAAUCAUUCCCUGAUCCCUGUGCCGAAAAUAGGGAAUCCCCUGAGACCCGCCGAGAGAUGUCCCCCGAAGAGGAGAGAAUCUUUGGAAAGGACUGCGAGGACGACGUCCGUUGCCGCCCAAAGGGCCACCUUCGAGAGGUCCGAGUCGCCCAUCCGGUGGAAGUCGAAGAACACCGCGACCUCCUCCAUAUCCGAGACGAAGAACUCGAACGAGAGAUUAUCGGCCGUCGCGAAUAAACGGCAGGAAAUGGACCAGAAGUUCAACAGGAGCAACAGCUUCUCCGAGAACAAGUGGAAGAGCAAAUUCGAGGAGUCGGAGAAACGUAGGAAGGCUCUUUUGCAAAAGGGCGACAGUGCCGCCAAGGAACAUGUCGACCUUGAGAGAAAGCACCAACAAUUGCAGCGGCUGUACAAUGCGCUGCAAGGCCAGAUGCAAGAGAAGGAGCAAAAGUUAAACAAGCUGCGCACGGUUUCGGAAGCGGUCUGCAAGGAAUACGAGCAACUGAAGCAUCAGUAUGACGUGGAAACGGGAGCGAUGCAUAAAGCUAUGCAACAAGCCUCUCAGUGGUACAAGCAAAAUCGGGAACUGAAGAGGCGGUCCCAGGUGCUGACCCAGAAGUUCCUUCAAGUUAAUCCUGACGGAAUCCUCGACAUCGACUUAGCGGACGAGGUCGACUCGAAUCCUGACGACAUAGAACAACUGAGGGAAACGGUAAAAGAACUGAGCCAAGACAUCGCCAGGCUACAGACGGAAUUAAACGCGGCUCGUCUUCAGGAAUUCGAGGCGCAAGAGCAGGCCGCUCUUUUGUCCGCCCAACUCGACGAAGAACGCGCCCUGAGAUGCCAAGGGGACGAGAAGCUGAAGGAGAUGACGAUGAAGAGGGAAAACAUGGAGCGGGUGACGCGGAUGGUAGCUGAAGAGGUCCAGGCCCUGAAAACGCAGUGCGACCGGGAGAGAGAAAAUGCCCAGAUGAUGAAGAUGGAGGCCGACCGAGUGCAGAAGGAGAGGAACGUAUUGGCCCAUCAAAGCGCCCUGCUGUUGGCGGAGGUCAACGAGGACCCGGACGGCCGGCUGUUGUGCGUUCUUCAGGAAGUCGAGUCGCUGAAGAGGCUCUUAGAGGAGGAGCAGCAAAGCCACCGGUUGCAGAUCCAGCUGAUGCAGGAGAAGCUGGAGGAGAAAGAGUCGAACGUUGAGUUUGAGAUAGUCGAGGAGAAGCUGAAGCUCGCGGAGUCCGAGCUUGAAAUGGUGCAAGCCAGGGCGGAGAGGGCUGAAAAAUCGGCGGAGGAGUUCGAGAGACUCGCCCAGGAGCUUAAGGAGAAGGUCGAGGAGAUGGAGAAGAAGCACACCUUACCGCCACCGCCUCCUCCACCUCCACCGCCGUUGUUCCUCAAUUCUUCGCCUUCCAUCAAACUGAUGACCAGGGGGAUGACAAACGGCGACAGAAGCACCGCAGUCUCCGACAUGGAGAACAUCCUCGGCAUCGUUAAAAAGAAUCCUGCGGUACCGCAACAGCCUGCCAUCGAUGACAUAAUCAAUCAAAUCAAGGGAGGCAGGUUUACCUUAAAGCAGACCGAUAAACAGAGGGAAGAGGAGAGGAGACGCAAGCAGGAAGCUGAGGCAGCACCUCCAGCUGUCUCCGAGAUGCUAAAUAUCUUGGGGACCAUGAGAAGGAGAGCUAAGCCGAUCAGGCAGUCCUUCAAACUAAACGACUCGACUGCCUAAUACCUAAAUUCCAGUUUUGGUUCAGAACUAUCGUGGGUACUAUUUUAAGUACCAUUUCAAUGACGAACCAGCAUGUUCGUUCUUUUUUUAUAACUUUUUUCAGUAUUCGUAUGUUCUUAAGGUUUACUCAAUAUAUCGAUUGCAAAUAUCCAAUCACGCGAACCCUACUUUAAGGUUUUAUGAAAACGUCAUGAUAAAGUAAAAUACACUUUUUGAUAGUACGCCAUCUUGGAUACUCGAGUGAUAACAUAAGCUGGCACAUUAUGUCUACGCCCUGGAAAUUUUCCUUUUCGAUUCUGAGUUUUCAAGAAAUGUAAAAUCUAAAACAAUAUAUGUUGACGAAGCCGUCUUGACUCUAGUUUGAAAUAAACACUACUUUUUUUCUUAAUGAAA